UGUGGCCGCAGUUUGCUCAAACGCCGCACGCCGCCAGCCAGGAGCGGCGACAUGUCGACGAGAUGAUGUCAGGGAUUGUAGGUGUCGACUGAGGAGGGAGCGAUUUAGACGGGCGAGCGGCGGGACGGGCAGCACAACUCACUGAUGCGUCGAUCGAGGCAGAGGCAGGACCUGCGGGCUGCGGUUCAAGGGUGCGAGAAAGACAGGCCUGGUCAUCACCAAAGUCUAGAAGAUUCAGCUGUGUCCAGGGUGUCCACUGGAUCCCAUUUUACUUCUGCACUGUGGAUGUCUUCAUGACCCAGUCCCAUCACCAGCAGAAACAAGAAGGGUAUCAGCAAACAGCCUCCUGUCACACUCCUGUCCGUAUCCGUGAGCACAGACACACUAUAAGAUGGAGGCACUGAAUGAGUACAACACCACCGACGUUACUGCAGAAUCACAAAGCACCACCACGUGGAGCGAGCUCACUAGCACAUUUGAUUAUGGCUCAAUCCCAUAUGCUGAACCCUGUGCAAGUAUCAAGUCUGGCAAGGUGUUUCUCCCAGUAAUCUAUUCCCUGCUGUUCAUCGCUGGGCUUCUGGGAAACAGCCUUGUGCUCUACGUUGUGGCAAGAUGUGUAAAACUGAAAAGCAUGACUGAUAUCUGCCUGCUGAAUUUGGCGAUUUCCGACCUGCUGUUUGUUUUUUCACUUCCGCUCCAGGCCUAUUACUCGGCGGAUAGGUGGAUUUUUGGAGAUGAACUCUGUAAAAUGACCAUGGGAGCUUAUUAUAUUGGCUUCUUUGCAGGAAUCUUCUUCAUAACGCUGAUGAGUAUAGACAGAUACCUGGCGAUAGUCCACGCUGUGUAUGCCAUCAAGGCCAGAACCUCCUUCUACGGCUCCAUUGCCAGCGUCGUGGUUUGGGUGUCAGCUCUACUGGCUUCUUUUCCUGAGAUCAUAUACAACAGGCUGAAUGAGGAGGAUGAAACAUGUAGGCUUAUGUAUUCAGAAAAUGAAACAAACCACCACCUAGUGAUACUUCACAACUUGAAGCUUAACAUUUUAGGACUUCUCAUCCCGUCGUUUAUAAUGGUUUACUGCUAUUUUCGAAUCAUAUACCGUUUAUCGCAAUGCCGGAUAGUCAAAAAGCAAACAAUCAAGCUGGUAUAUUUUAUCGUGGCGGCAUUCUUCAUCUUUUGGACUCCAUAUAAUAUCGUAUCCUUUUUUGAUGUUUUACGGAAGCUUGGGGUUUUCGAUGACUGCGAGUCAAAUAAAAAAAUAGAUCUCUUUCUUCAAAUUACAGAGGCCUUUGCAUACAUGCACAGCUGUCUAAAUCCAUUCAUUUAUGUUUUUGUUGGGGAAAAGUUUAGGAGGCAUUUACUACACAACUUACCUUUAUCAUACUGCAAGGUAAUGAAAAGGCGCCUGACAUUAACUACCAUUUCCACUUAUGAACAGUCGAGCAGCUUUGCCGAAAGAAGCUCAGGUCUGUAAACAUGCAGAUAAACAUCAUGGAGUCAGAGAAGUGCUGUGGACACUUGUAUCUGCAAAACACGAGGGGAAAAAUAGGUAAAGGUUGAAUUUCACUUUGAAAGAGUUCCAAAUACCAUAUACCAGCAGCUUGGCUCAAAUUUUAUUUAGUCGAUUUCCAGCACCAUCUGAAGUGAAUGGAAAAAAUAAAAUAAAAACUGAAGUCUCCAGCAUGCAAAACUGUUCUAUUUUAUUAUGGAGAAUAUAAUAAAAGAAUCAUAUCUUGAUGAAAAAAAAAAUCAAUAUUCUCCUUCCCCAGUUGUGCUGUAGUUAUGCUAAGAAAGCUAGCAAAGAUUAUUUAAAUAGUAACUGGGAGAAUAAGGCCAAGUCAAAACUUGGCUGAAAACCAUGAAAUCAACCAUAAUGGACAAAUCAUGAAACAAAGUCAAAAACCUGAGUCAAUAUUAAAAAAACAAAAAAGCAAAGGGCUUAAGGGUGAUUUGAAAUCCGCAAACUCGGACAAGUAAGUGCUUCCAAAUAUGGCCAUUUAACCUGUUGUGUCAUUAAUUGGAGGUCUACCUUAAUAAUGACAAAGUCAAAAUGGUGGCGACUGUGAACAAACAAAAAUGGCUGCAAUAAUGACCCAAAAUAAUAAACAAAAAAACAAAAGUAAGCUUUCAUUCGAAAACGGAUGUCAGAUUCUGAUUUCAAGACUCAAGAAACCCCCAAAAUGAGUGGUAGACCUUGCAUAAAAGAUGGAGAAUAACGUGCAAAAAGUGAAAUAACAAACUCAUUCAUGACAGUUGGGGCACAAAUACACACAAAUUUUACUUUUCUGUAGAGCAAAAUCUACUGGAGCAAGUUUGCUAAAAAAAAAAAAAAAAAUUGGUUGACAUCUCGAAUUUCUCCAUGCUAACAACUGGCCAAGCUUUCAAUUAGACUGAGUGAUUCAGCGAAUACCCUGUGACCGGUGAGCAGACUGUGAAGAAGCCACUAGGGGCAACCAGCCGGGCUACCCUGUUUAAUUGUGGGUGUCAGAUUUCUUUAAACACUCACUAGAGGACACAGCCCAGUAUCCAAACUGAGAAACAGAAUCUAAGCAGUCCGUCCAUUACCAUAAUUACUUGACCUUGUCACAGGGCUAUCCCUUAUACCAUAGAGCAGACUUUUUUGAUCCAAAUUUGCCUUUGAGACCCAGAAUCUCCGUCGACAGUUUCCACACCCUGACAGACAUCGCUGUGAUCUCCUUUGGGGAAUUUUCCGCCAACAAUCACCGUAUUGUCCUUGGAGAAUGGCCACCACAGGUCAUAGCGGAGCGAUGUCAUUUGCUUACACUGUCUGUGAUGAGACACAUCACUAGUCUUUCCCAUUGAGUACAAUUGUGAAUCAUAACUCUGUGUGACACAAAUUUGGACAACACACAAUCAAUUUUGUUUAAGUUAAGUUUAAGUUUAAUAACUGAUUCUGUCGAGCAACAUUCACUGGAGUGAUUUUGCACAACUUCAGUAAGCUUCUAGAAUCUUCCAAGAGUAACAAUUGUGCCAAGUUUCAGUUAGACUGAGUGACUUUUUGUAUUUUUUGAGGUCACAUCCUGACACCCAGAUGUCACUCCAAAAGUGGUCAAAAAUAAAAUUCAGUGAUGACUAAAAUGUUAAAAAAUU